UGGGGCUGGACGUGCUGCAGGGCCGCAAAGUGCCGGAUCAGCGCGGCCUCUCAGCGUCUCGAGGCCGUUCUGUGAGGGGACGUUCGUUGAACAGCCGAUGUGGGGCCUCACAGAGCGGCUGUGGUCGGAAUGGCCCUUCAAGGUCCCUUCAGAGCACGGCCGGCCCUAUCACUGCCAUCAUGGUGGCUCAGCUCAGUGUCUGUUAUUUGAUAGUAUAUACAUAACGCUCCUUAAUAUCAGGGGACAGAAUUCAUCCCCCUGGUGCUGUGUAGCAGUGAUGUUAAUUCAGUUUGUAUAAGCACAAAUGUCUUUUUCAUCCCUAGAGGAGCCCAAGUGUGCUGUGCUGAGCUGCUGGGGCUGCCAGGCGUCCUGUGGUGUGUGAGCAAGAGCAAGACUUUGUGCUUAGCCCUGGAAGACAAAGGCAUCAUCUCACGGCUUAGGAAAGUACCGAAAUCCCAUUCGUUGCGACGAGUUAAAUGUAUUUCUUACCUGCUUGAAACUUCACAUUUUCAGUUUCACAUUUCCUGUUACAUACACCGCUGUGAUGGGGAAUUCUGUUCCUCUGCUCACUCGGUGCCCUUCACCACAACCCAUCUGCCCUCUAUGUGCAACAAGGACAACACACCCCGCUAGGAAACAUUCCCUAUUUGGAGGACAAAAUAUCUUGGAUCUGCUGAGUUGAAUCAUUGCUUUUCAUGUCCCAACUCAGCAGUUGUCUAAUCCUGUUAGUCACACUCUUGACGCCUCCCUGCUCUUCGGUGCUUUAAAUCCCCCAAGUGCUUUUUGGCCGUAGUGAUCUGUGGUCCUGUGUCAGAAUACGCAGCCCUUGGUGCUGUUUCUAUGUCAGCCCUUCACUCUGACACCUCGAGUCCCUCCUUUGCACAGUCAGUGUCCGGGUAUCUAUUAAACCUUCACAUCACACACAGCUGUCACAUCCAGUGAGACUCUGGACAAAGUCUAACUCAUCCCGUGCAUUGGUUCCAAGGGAUGCAUUGAAUGUUAAGGCUGCAAAAACCACUGCAUGGGUUACAUCUGCACCUGCAUCUCCUGCACGCAGCCCAAAACACGGUGGCUAAAGGGAGGCAGCAGGGGGUCAGCAAAGAUGCUAUUGCCGACCGCAGGGCGAGCCGUGCAACAACCCCAGCCCCGCAGCCCCAAGACACGGCGGGGAAGGGGAGGGAGCGCGGCUGCAGCGGCUUAAAGCGGCUGCGAGGCACGGCCGAGCCGAGCUUUGUAGGGCGCUUGUGCCGCUUUAAGGCGCUGCCGCCGUUCCGGGCUCGCUCAGGCACCGGGAAGAGGAACUGGGUUUUUGCACUGCCGGGUCGGGGCGAGCGCUCCGCAGUGCCCCGUUCCGCGGCUCCCCGGUGGUCCCGGCCCGCAGCCCAGCGCUCGGUGCUUGCUGCAAGGGAGGGAUGGGGUGGGGAGGAUCUGGGGCGAGGAAGAGCCACUGCACCCCAUUGCCUCCCUCCCGCAUCCCCUCUGCAUUUCCUUUGCAUCCCUUCCGUAUCCCCUCCGCACCCCUUUUGCUUCCCCUCCUCAGCCCCUCUGCACCGCAUUGCACCCCCCGCGCUAUUUCCCAGCUCUUCCCUGGAAGAGCUGUGUGCUUGCAGCGUGCGUGCUUGAAAUAACCUCUUCCCCCAAACCCCCUCCCCAAAAAAAGGACCCCCCCCAGCCCCUCCUUGCCAUGAUUUUGCUGAGCAGCAUCUUGCACCUGCGGCCCCGGCACUGCGGGCCCUUGGCAGGGCUGGGCAGGGGGUCCAGCCCCACAGUGGGGUCCCGCAGAGCGUUGCGUGUGCUGGUGGACAUGGAUGGGGUGCUGGCUGACUUCGAAGGAGGAUUCCUCAAGAAGUUCAGGGCCAGGUAUCCUGACAAGCCCUACAUUGCCCUGGAGGACCGGAGAGGCUUCUGGGUGUCGGAGCAAUACGGGCGCCUGGCUGCUGAGCUGAGCGAGAAAGCCAUCAGCAUCUGGGAAUCCAAGAACUUCUUCAUCGAGCUGGACCCGCUCCCUGGUGCUGUAGAAGCUGUGAAGCAAAUGUCAAAUUUGGCAGACACUGAUGUGUUCAUCUGCACAAGCCCUAUCAGGAAGUACCGUUAUUGCCCUUAUGAGAAGUAUGCCUGGGUGGAGAAGCACUUUGGCCCUGAGUUUCUGGAGCAGAUUGUUCUGACACGAGAUAAGACGGUGGUUUCUGCUGACCUGCUCAUCGAUGACAGACCUGAUAUAAUUGGGGCUGAGGUGAACCCCAGCUGGGAGCAUGUGCUCUUCACUGCCUGCCACAAUAAGCAUCUGCAGUUGGAGCCGCCCAGACGUCGGCUGCAGUCCUGGUCUGAUGACUGGAGAGCCAUUCUAGACAGCAAACGGCUGCCACUGGGCCACGCAGCCUAAACCCUGGCCUCCAUCCCGUCCUCCAUCCCAGCUGCCUGCUCAUCUCCUCGUGGAGUCCUCCUGGAGGCCGACACCAUGGGCAGGUAGACGGACAGAUGGUCAGACACCUAUGGGGUAGGAAAGGAAGAGAACCUUGGAGCAGACCUCAGCCCAGUUACUCUCUGUGCCAUGUUGGACCCUUGGUGUCAUCUUCCCCCUCUGGCAUGGCACAGGACAUUUCUUUGUCCCUUCCUGGUGGAGUCAUGCCAUGAUGGAUUUGUCCUCCUGCUGUCAUGAAUGAUCCACAUCCACCCUAUGGCUGAGGAGCUGCUGCAGCUGAGAGGGGCUCUGGUGCUGAUUUGGGAAGGAGGAGCAGACAUUUCAUUAGCCAGGAGCUGUAAGAAACUCAGUGAGCCCUCACUGGUGGUAUCCAUGGAUUUCAAAGCCAGGGGGUGUGCAUGUGAAGGCUACAUGGUCCAUGCCCCAUAUCUCUCCUCCUGAUCAUGUCCAAAAUGAGCCUGACAGGAGAGCUCUGGGUGUGCGUCCACCCAAGGAUGGAUCAGCCCUGGUUGGUGCCAACUGCUGGGCUUGAGCAGUGGGACAUUUAAUGCCACCAAGCAUCAUAAAACCAUUGGUGCAGAGCUGCAUGGGAGAACAUAAAACAUGAGGUGGUGUAAGAGGUACAGCAUCUCAGAGAAGGGAGCAGAGCACCAUGGGGCUGGGCAGGGAGCAGGGUGAGGCCAUCAUGCUGCUGCCUGCUUGGGAUGUGGCACCUCUCAGCUCCCUGACCCUGCCCCAUCCCCCAAACAGCAGCAACCUUGCUCCAGAACGUGGCCACUGCUGCCUCUCCUGGCUCUGUGGAGGAGAUAUUGUGGUGCAGAUCCCUGUGGUUGUGCAGCUGUCACUGGGUGCUGCAGGGUCUGCCUGCACCAUUUGAGAUCCCACCACUAUUCUCUUCUCUCCUGCCCAAGGACUUGCUCACCAAAGGGGUGAACUUCUCUACUGAGAUAUGUGGCCAGGGUUGGUCACCCUGUGUGCUUCUUGCCUUGCACCUUUAUCUUUCCCCUCCUCUCUCAUCCCCAUCAACACAAAGCAGUCUGAUCCCAGAGCCACAUAGCCAACAAUCAACAAAUUUCAGCAGUGGUCUGUCCUGCCACGUGUGGGACCUGCUGGGGCUCUUGAGGUUGGUACUUUGAAUCUGUGCCUUCCCCAGCUGCUGUGGGGCCAGGACUGAAGCCCGAAUUGCCUCGGGUCUUUCCAAAAGCAGCCCUGUUUGUUGGAAUAGGGACAUUAUGUUAACAUUGCAUGGUUUGGGAGUAACAUCCCACAAGGAGUUGAUUUUAGUUUUUCCUGUUUAAACCACUGUUUGAUUCUCCAGGUGUGAAUUCAGGCUGUGCAGCCACCCGAGGUGCAGCUCUGCUAAGCAUCACACACUGCAUUGCAUAGGCUGCGAGUUGACUUUUUGCCCACUGAUACUAUGAACUGCCCGAUCUCUCUGGCCUGUCUUUGAGCUGAAACAAGCUGGUAUGUUACUGUGGUUGCCCAAAUGCAGCCCUUGGGCAGACCCCAGGGACAUGGCUUCCUGGACCCGGCAUCCCCUUGGUGGGAUGUGUGAUGCUGGAGAGGCCACAGGGGUUCACACCAAAUGAAAACAGAGCUGGAGCUCCUCCUGUGUCAGGCUCCUCCUGGACACACUGAAAUCCCAUGUGGGUUGCUGUCCUAUUACACUCACUGUGUUCAGGGCCGUGAUGCAGCUCUCCAUCACGGUGUGGUCUUUGCGUUGCUCAGGUGGGCUGUGCAGAGCUUUUAUUUUCAAGCACCCAUUAAUAAAGCAGAGGCUGCUGAGGAGCACUGCAGUAAACAUCAAGUCUUUUUGGCAUCUGGCUUCCCAAAAAGCAGAGUUUGGGUUUUGCAGGUUCACCUGUGGUUCUGCCUUUGGCACAGGGAUGGGGUGUUUGCAUCCAGGUGCUGGGAGCCCACUCCAGGCAGCACGUGGCUCAUCCCAGGCUCCCCUCCAGGCUCGGAGGAAGCAAGCCCUGGUGCUGGGAAUUGGUUUUUUCCCCUAUGUUUUCACUGCCCUGUGCAGCUUUAAAGACAGUUUGAUUUUUCUCUUCCAGUUCAGACCACUGUGUUAGAUGGUUGCAAGCACUCAGAGGUUACAUUUGUGGUUCACUGGUGAGUUCGAACCUGCCAUGGCUUGGAUCCUGCCUAGAUGCAAUGGCAAGGAAAUAUGUGAUUCAGCCAAUGCCUGAGAUGUGCAUUUCUGAGCCCAAGGGGCAGCACGGGUCGGACCCCCUCCCCCACAAUGCUGGGGGAAGAAUGGAGCAUUUGCAGCAGGGCUGGGAUGUGCAUUCCCUUGUGCGUGUCCCUGGCACUCACAGAGUUAACCAAAGAGCUUAGGUUUGGGGCUUUUCCUCUCAGUUGAGCAUGAAAGUGGCUACAAAGAGAUGCAUGUUCCCAUUGCCGCACUACGAAGGAGACGCACAAUAAACCUCUCUGUGCCACAG